CUAUGAUCGACAGGAAGUGGAAUCUUCGUUUCUCCGAAGGGGGUGUUGGAGAGGUCCGGUUCGGUAGGCCUGAGUUUAAUCAUAUGGACAGGUUCUGGCCUGAUAUCUCUACUUGGUGCGUUGUGUUAUGCAGAGUUGGGAACACUAAUCACUAAAUCCGGUGCCGAAUAUUCCUAUAUUCUCGAGUCAUUUGGAGGUCUUUUAGCGUUUCUCUUCUCGUGGAUCUCAGUGUUUGUGUUAAAGCCGGCGAUGUUGGCCAUCAUAUGCAUGACUC